AACAGCUGAUUGUUGAGCAUCCAAGUCCGCUACCGCAAGCAUCUUGAAGAAGUAAACAAAUAGUUAUUGUAAGCAAACCGAACCGAAAUCUUAAUUAAUAGCUAUCUGCAAUAGUUCUACAUCAAGGUUAUAUUGAAUUGAAUCCUUGAAUUGGUUCAUUAUGGAUAAGUUUAGUGAUGAAACUUUGUGCAGAAUUUGUUUUCAAAAGCAAGAUACAGUGUACUCGUUAUUUCGCAAACGUAAAGGUAUAUCUCCGAGUGAGAAAUUGAAUAAAAUUGGUGUUAAAGCUGAUCUCCACGAUGCGGGGCCGUCUUGCAUCUGUUGUGACUGCCUGGCGGAGUUGGAGACCACGGUCAAUUUUUUAGAGAAAUGUGAGAAAUCAAACCGAGUGUUGGCAGAGUACUUGGAGGAUAGUUCGAAGGACAAUAAUGCUGUACAUUGCGACAGUAGAGUGGUGGAGUAUAGUCAGGAGGAGAGUGAAUCUGUUGGUAGACAAGAAGUGGACAGUGAGGAGUUGUUGUUGGAGGAGCCUCGGUGUGCGCAGUGCGGGUCCCGGCGCCGCUGCCCGCACUGGAGCCCGCCCACCACGUACACCUGCCCCAAGUGCCAGAAAGUGUUCAAUAGGAAAUUCAAUUUUAAGCUGCAUUUGAAGCGGCAUGGUGAGUCCCGCGAGUGGUGGUGCGCGGUGUGCGGCGCGGGCGUGGUGUCGCGCUGGCUGGCGGCGGCGCACUGCGCCCCCCGCGCGCCCCGCGCCUGCCCCGUGCCCGGCUGCGGGCGCGCCUACACCUCCACCACCAACCUCAGGGUGCACCUCCGCACACACACCGGCGAGAGACCCUUCGAGUGCAACGACUGUGGCAAGAAGUUCUCCAGCAAGAAUACGCUGCAGAACCAUAUAAGGAUUCAUACAGGUGCGUUGCCGUACAUCUGUCCGGUUUGCGGCAAGCAGUUCCGUACGAACAAGCUGGCGGCGCAUGUAGCGCGACACUCGGGGGCGGGGGCGCAGGCGGGGGCGCGCUGCGUGUGCCCGCGUGCGGGGUGCGGGCGGCGGUUCCCGUCGGCGAGCGCGCUGCAGCGGCACGCGCGCGUACACCGCGGCGGCAGCGCGGCGCCCGCGCACGCCUGCACGCUGUGCGCCGCGCGGUACCACCACAAGCAGUCCCUGAACAAGCACGUGAGGAAGCAACACGCACAACAUGUAGUGCAGACGAGCACACCGGAGGCACACUCCACACUGCUGGAGCCCGCAGCUGAACUAUAACGUGGGACUGAAGAAACCAAAGCAAUGACAUCGACCGUACAAAGGCUUAAUUUAUAUUUCCCAGAUACCAAAGAUUUAUGUAUUUCGAAGUUUAAUUUAAACAAAAUAAACAAUAAGUAAUGUAUUAA